UGUUCCUCAUCCUCUCACUAAAUUCACGAAGUUACCGACUCCUGCGACUCCUAUCUACUCAUAAAAUCGUAACAUGUUGUAGACUUAAAACACGUCAUAAGCUUUUUUUCUCGUGAUCAUCCGUUUUCUCGUGAUUUUUCAUGUAAGUCCUACCAGGGAACUGAAACGGUAAUUCUAUCAACAGCCAACGAAAUGUUUGUUACAAAUCAUUUUUUCUACGAUGAUUUUGGUUGCUUGUGUUCUUUAAAUUUCGGAUGCUUGCUGGCUUUUGGUGAAAGAACAAAAAAAGAUUUUUGACCAACAACCUAAAUGCACACGUGAAGGAAUAAUUGAUCAUGGCUUGAUCCACUACCAAGAGCUGGGAUGUAUCCUCUAUUUAAUCAACGAAAAUGGGGGGAUCCUGUGAGAGUCAAGGCCUCAUUCAGCUCACACUCAAAAAGGGUGGACGGACAUGUUGUUCCUGAAUAUCGACGAUUCAGUCUGGAUCCGCAAUUGACUAAUUUCGAAACACUUCACAGCUUAAUUUCCAGAGCGUUUGACAUCAAAUCUGAUUUUCUAAUUCAAUAUCGCUUCGAGGAUCCCAGUGGGCAAGAGAUAUUCCUUCAGUUGCUCUCGGACUGGGACUUGGAAGCCGCGUUCGAAAGGGCUGCCGACCCCUGUUUAUGUCUGAGAAUUGACCCCAUACCUUUGGAACAUGUUGAAGAAUGGGAUCUUGUUAACAUUCCAUUGACGGAUUGUAAAGUCGUUCAACCCAAAGAAGUCCGCAGUGAUCCUUCGAUACAAACAAAGAUUAUGACCAAAGUAGGGAAAACGAUUAAUCUUAUGCAGCAAGCUUUAAAUCUAAAUGGUAGCUCGGGUGAAUUUGCUGUCGGUGCAACAACUUCCCCUCUGACUGAUGCCGAAUUUACUGAUUUCCGUGACGGAGUGGGAACUUUGGUCAAGGCUGAUGAGUGCAAACAACGAAUUUUCCAAGGCGGUCUUGAACCUAGUCUCAGGCGCGUGGUAUGGAAACACCUUUUAAAUGUCUACCCCGACGGGCUUAACGGGAGUGAAAGGAUGAAGUACAUGUGCAGAAAGUCUGAAGAAUACCAGCGGCUGAAAAGUGAAUGGAUGAUCUACUACAAGAAUAAAAAGAUGACGGAGGAGCUGCAACACAUAACUUCAAUGGUUAGAAAAGAUGUCCUUAGAACUGAUCGACAACACCCGUUUUAUAGUGGAGGAGACGAUAACCCAAAUGUCGAAAAACUCUUUAACAUUUUGACCACCUAUGCUAUCAUGCAUCCAACAACCGGCUACUGCCAAGGAAUGAGUGACAUGGCCAGUCCCAUUCUCUUUGUCAUGGAUAACGAGGCACAUUCGUACAUUGCAUUUACCGCCUUGAUGGAACGACUCAAAGAGAAUUUUUCCAUCACCGGGACCACUAUGACUUUAAAAUUCGACCACUUGUGCUGUGCAAUCGCCUAUCAUGACCCAGUUUUCUUCGCCUACCUUCAGCGACAUAAUGCUAUCGAUUUGUUGUUUUGCUACCGCUGGUUGUUGCUCGAGAUGAAACGGGAAUUCGCUUUUGACGAAGCUCUGCGCAUGUUGGAGGUGACUUGGAGCUCCUUACCAAAAUCCCCUCGUCAAGACGAAUUAGCUCUUUUUGAGCGCAUUCCCGAUCUUGCGCCGACGGCCUCGGCUCCGAUUCCUCUUCCCACUAGGAUAAAAGAGUCUCCUUACACAAAAGUCUGCAGCCUUCGUCGUCAAAGCUCAUCCCCAGCUUCUUCUUUUUCGUUUAACUCCAGUGAUGGUCUAGCCGGCCUGCAUUCCACUUUGAAGAAUAGUCGUGAUAGUCAGUAUUUAUGUUCGCCCAGCUGGGACCGGGCCAAAAUGGAACCGGAAUUGGACGAUGUCUUUGCUCCCUAUGGUAAAAUGAGUCCCAAUCAUUUAGAAUCUCCUGCCGCCGAUCCUUUCAAACCCAAAGAGUUUACCGAAUCUCCCCGUGAUCCUGCUCAAGCGAAUGGCGAGUCUGUCAAAGAAGAAGUGCAGCAUAGUCCAUUGGCCGCUUCCAGUGUCGAGCAUUUAUCUAGUGCCCUUUCGUCGUUAAUGAAUUCAAAGGAUCCUGAAGCACAGUCGAGUGUGUCCCCUUCUUGCCCGCUCGAGGACAGUUCCCUGCAGGAUUUCGAAGUCAUUGGUUCUUGUGAAGAAGCCACAGAGGCUGCUGCUGCCAUUGCCGCUGCUGUUGGCACAUCCAGCCAGCCCACGACCCAUCUCAACUACGUGAGAAGUGGUGUCAGACCAAGUCUUCCUUCGCCAGACGUGCUGGGAUGUGGCAAUCCCUUUCUUAUAUUCCUCUGCCUCACCGUGCUGCUUCAACACCGCGAUUCCAUCAUCAACCGAUCCUUGGACAGCAACGAAAUGGCCAUGCAUUUCGACCGGCUGGUUCGCAAACACAACCUGGAGCGCGUCCUCAGCCAGGCCCGCACCCUCUACUACCGAUAUCUUGGCCAUUUCAACCCGCAGAGCAGCUGACCAGUUUCUACCAACUUCAAAAUCCGCAUGGCGGUGGAGAUGCUGCAUCUCCUCCAGUUUCAACAAAAAUCAGUGACUCGAUCCUUAAAAUCAGACUAGCAUUCCGUGUGUCCUUUAAAUCGCUGUUUAUAUUCUUCCAUUUAGAUUUUUUAAAAUUAGCUAUGUUUCAUGUGAAUUCAAUUUUUUUGUCGUCCUCGUAUCCAUUGAAAAUAUGUCGCAAAAAAAAACAAGCUGUCAGUAUUACUAGUCAGUGGCCUCAUUUUCAUGUUUGGUAUGUAAUUAUUUUCUCUCCUCUCUCUCUACUCGUGUCGCAACUUAUUUAAUAAUGUUCAAUUGAGCUAUAGCACCAUUUCAAAACAGACCUGAGUAUAAAUCGUAAUUCCGUCGCAAGUCUAAGAUAUUAACCCGAGGAAGUCCGACUCAAGUGGGACGCAUUUGUUUCGUAACCGAAUAGCUCUGUUAUUUCCCCUGAGUGUCUUGGCGAUCUAAUUCAGCGUUAUUUAUUUUAACAAAAAUGCAUAAUAAAUGGUAUCAGACAUA